CGAGUCCCUCGCCGUUGAGUCAUCGGACUGGGAGCGCUCGGAUGACGCCUGACAUCCGGUCAUAUUACUGCCAGUGUUAUAAGUCUUUGCGCUGGCGGUGAACCUGCGGGCACUGCACCGGGCGUUGGCAUCGAAACCACAAACAACCACACCUACCUGAGUAUCGUAUAUGUUUGCCCGACGCACGCUUCCUGUGCUGAUCUGAACAACGCGGAGUGUGUUGGGAUCAACCUCGAGCGACACGCACCAGACAAGCACUCGAGCGCGCGGUGGUGUAACAGCUGGAGGCCUCAGCAGCGACGCUAAAAAGCGAUAGAACUAGUGGCACUCGCUCCUUCCUCCACUUUGACUCUGGUUCAUGUGGAGUACUGCAGGCAGCAAGCACACCGACACGGCGACACCCUUCCUUCCGCUUCUCUUUCCUCCUUCUCAACAUCGUGGCGGCGGCGACGCUGCUGUGAUCAUUCCGGCACAGGUGAACGACCAAACACUUUAUCUGUACUCCUGGCUGGCAUUGAGAAACGACACCACGCCGCUCCAGCCAAGGAACCCCUCUUUCGUCGCAAGGCGCAAGCAUCCUGUUGCGUUGGCGUCACACACCUGCAUAGGACUACGGCCAAGCUCCGGCAAUGGCCACCACCAGCAUCAAUACUGCUCCGGCCACGGCUACGACGUAUGUAUUCCAUUCCGGUGAUCGCGGGCAUGAUGGAUUCGCAGAACCAGAGAGCCCCGUCGAAGGGCACCGCUCAGGAAGCAUAGACUCCUUGGACUCGCUGGCGCUGCCCAAGUUGCGGCCUGAGACUAGUCUGAUUGCAACGGAGCCGUCAACGUCGACCCUGCCGCAGGGCUACUUCAACAGUACGAAAAACGUUGCACUACCCGUGACUGUCAGUCGCAAUCGCUCCCCAUAUUCGAGAACCCACCUCCGUUCGCGGUCCAGCGGAGCCACUCUGAGCGCGCCAGUCAUGACGAGAGCACAUUCCAGUCCCGCCGCGCAUUCUGCCAACCGUACCCUCGAACUGCAUACUCUGUCUACCGGCGCACUCACAUCGAGCAGUCCUAUGCGAUCGCCGGCACGACAACGUUCACCAUUUCGGCCGGCAGAAGAAGCUUCAUACAAUCCCCCUCCUCCACCUCGAUCGCCCGGCUGGUUCGAGUCACCCAGCGCAGGAGGCGCGAUUGAGGCCAUCCAAGAAGAUAGCGAGUUAGACAUUACACCGCGACAGACCACUCCCACUUACGCCAUGCCGUUCGUGCGGUCUUCGUCUUUGCGUCGACGGCCGGCGAGUCCGCUGCAUAAUGUUACCAACGCAACACCGUCGACGUCCAUGCCAGGCAGCCAUCUGGAGAACAGCAGCAUAUCAGUCGCAUCUUCGCGCUCAAGUUCUCCGUCGCUGGGUCCCCUGCGAUUUAACGAGACGUACCCUUCCUUACAUCAUUACGCCAGUACUUCUUCCCUGUUCAGCAUACCUUCAUCCACUCCUACCUCACAACGCUCCCGAUCUCCCUCGAUAAGCUCGUUGGAUACGAUCGAGGACGCGCCAGACAUGGAGCAGGAAGCAAUUGAGGCAGACAGGAUUGAGAAAUUGAAGUUGGCAGCCGAGAGGGCUGCAAAAGGGGAAGAGGAUGACGAUAGCCCUCGACGACGCAGCAGUCUGGAUGGGCCCCGAGGAUUCGGUUUCAACAGAGGCGGCAACCGUGAACGUAAGCGUUGGUCAGUCUGUGGAGGAGAAAGGCGAGUUGACCUCGACCUGGAUACGAUAUGGGAGGAUUGAUAAAAGCCCUUGGUUAAGUGCUUGCUUGGGAAGUUGGCAUUGAAUGGAAACACCUAGGGUACUUUCACCCCUCAUGGAUGGUGAUUGACGUGGCAUGUCCUCUGACGUUUGUGUUCUUGGGCUGGAGGGCAGGUGUUUUAUGGAGCUGGAAGUUUCUGGGAUUGCCCUAUUAUUGUAUAUUGAGAUACCCACGCCGCUGAUAUGGCGCGCGCAGUCAUGUCAUAGAGCGUAUGCAAGGGGAUGCGAAGUAGUCAAGCUG